AUGGCAUUUAGAUACCGCGAAGAUUUAGUUGGCAAACGAUUUCUCUCUGUGAGUGGUGUGGCAAAAAAUAACGUGAAUAAAGUUUCCGAAUGGGGAUGGAAAGCUGGUAUUAUCAGAGCAGCUUCACUCAAAGAUAACAAGAAUAAGGAGCUCCAGGUCUUAGUGGAAUAUGACGGUGUAGACUGGCAACGUCGAGAGUGGGUGGCAGUCCACUCCCGUAGGACGUUUCGUGUGUUUUUAGUGGAAAGAACUUUAGUAUGGGCCCCGAAAAAGUUCGAAAACGAAGAAGUCAAAUGGCCUGCUUUGACAUUCACGGCACUAUCUGCCGACGUGACACUGCAGGCGGACGCCCAGCCCGUGGAGUUUCUUCAUGACCGGACGCUCCAAUUUCUGGACUACGCCAACCUUCAACCAUAUCAGGAAUGGGACGAGCGAUUGGCAGGCUCAGAAGCGGGCAUCAGCGCCGACAUGCUGUCGUCGCUGUCGGCAGAGGCCACAGAGUGGCGGACCAUGCAGGACGGACAAAGGAUCCUGACCAGCACGCCGUCGGUUCUAGGCGGCUGUCGAGCGCAGGUCUACCGCGCGGCUGGCGCUACGCAGUGGUACACUGCGGUCAUUGUUGGCGUUAACGAACAUACUGGGGAGCUCACAGUAACUGAUGAUACGGUAUUGGAGGAGCACAGUGAAGACCCAGCCCUGGUGCACAUGAGGCUUCUUGGCGAUGGAGUAAUCGAGUCUAUUAUGAGAGGCGAAGUAGUGGGUGUGAUGCCAAGGAGGUCUCGAUCAAAUCUUCAACCACUGUGGACUGUGGAGAGGCGGACGCCAGUCGCAGCGAGAGUUGACAGGGAAAACAAUAAGAGCCCAGCAACUACUGGAGCCAGGAAGAAGACAGCAGCAGUGAGAAGCAACGGUCAGAUCGCGCCUGCUGAACCACCACCACGACAGCAAACAGGCUCGUCCCAAGAGCUCGAGGCGGUCGAGAUUGACAAAAAAGGUAAAAUGCUUUUACAUUCCAUUGGCCAUUCAAGAGUAAAUAAUUCAAUGAGCAUACAUUGA